CAUAUGGCCCUGGCCGCUCUCAGUUUUCUCUUUGGUGAAGGUCUUUAUCAGAACGCAGUCUGAAAAUCGUUCUAGAUCGAGAUUGUCAAGAGCCAUCAACUGUUAUUGAGAAAGAAAUUUAGAGGAGACAUAAACGAGAACAAGAGUCAGAGAGAGAAGCCUCCGUUUGGCUUUUGAAGAAAGACGAUAUCCUUAAAUAAUUAAUUGAUUGCAGGUGACUUUGGGAUUCAGAAAGAUGCCAAACAUAAAGUUACAAAGUUCUGAUGGUGAAGUAUUUGAUGUAGAUGUUGAAAUAGCAAAAUGUUCAGUUACCAUAAAGACUAUGCUUGAGGAUCUUGGUAUGGAUGAAGAUGAGGAAGAGGUUGUACCACUACCAAAUGUUAAUUCUGCUAUACUUCGUAAGGUCAUUCAGUGGGCAACAUACCACAAGGAUGAUCCUCCUCCACCAGAGGAUGAUGAAAAUAAAGAGAAACGUACUGAUGAUAUUAGUUCCUGGGAUGCAGACUUCUUGAAGGUAGAUCAAGGAACUCUCUUUGAAUUGAUUUUGGCAGCUAACUACUUAGAUAUCAAAGGGCUUUUGGAUGUCACGUGCAAAACUGUUGCUAAUAUGAUUAAAGGAAAAACACCGGAAGAAAUACGAAAAACAUUUAAUAUAAAAAAUGACUUUACUGCGUCAGAAGAGGAGCAAGUGCGCAAGGAAAACGAAUGGUGUGAGGAGAAGUAAAUAGGAUUGCAAGUUUUCCUAUUGGUCAUGCAAAUCACUUAAAUAUUAAUUCAUCAUUGAUUUAGAGAUCUUGAAUCUAUGCUAUUACUUUAAUAAAAAAUUUAUCCAUAGACAAUGCAGAAUAUAGAUUUUGGAAAGAAUAAUAAAGUAUCCAUAUGACUAAGAUAAAAUCAAAUAUAUACAUGUGUAAACAAGUUAUGUAUACCUUUCACAAGUCUUAUGUUAUUUAAUCAUCUAAAAAUAAAAAAAUUUUAAUUAUAA